AUGGUAUUGACUGAAAGGGAAAGAAUUACAAUAUUGAUGAUGCGAGGAUAUGGUGACCGCGUUAGGUCCUUCGAACAAGUAGCGACUUUGUUUAAUGAUACUUAUGCAGAUCGUGAACCAAUUUCAAAGUCUACAGUUCAAAAAACUGUCAGACGAUUCGAAGAAACGGGAUCUGUCAAGGAUCGCCCGCGGAGUGGUAGACCAAAAUCAGCGACAAAUUUUGAUAAAAGUUUGGAUGUGAUGCAAUCAUUUGUAGAAAAUCCUCAUGCUUCGACAAGUAAGGUAGCACAGGCAACUGAAGUUAGUACAUUUUCCAUUCGUAAAAUUCUAAAGAAAGAAAAAUGGCAUCCUUUUAAAAUAACAUUUACUCAGGAGCUAACGGAAUGUGAUUUCGAUAGAAGAAAUGAGUUUUGCGAUGAAAUGAUGCGUCGAUGCGAUAAUGAUAACACUUUUCUUGAUAAUAUCAUUUUUUCCGAUGAAGCUUCUUUCGAAUUAAAUGGAACGGUAAAUCGUCAGAAUUGCCGCUAUUGGAGUGACGAGAACCCUCACUGGAUGCGUGAUCUCCACACACAGUAUCCCCAAAAACUGAACGUGUGGGCGGGUUUUUGCGAACGUGGUAUUAUCGGGCCCUUCUUUAUCGAAGGAAAUUUAAAUGCGAACACUUAUCUACAAUUAUUGCGAAAUCAAAUAGUUCCUGCUAUUGACAAUUUGUUUCACGGAAAUAUACAAAAUAUUUGGUUUCAACAAGAUGGUGCACCGCCACACUAUGCAGUAGUAGUGCGUCAAUUUUUAACUGAUACUUUCCCAAACCGAUGGAUAGGAAGACGUGGAGAAAUAGAGUGGCCCCCUAGAUCACCAGAUCUUUCUCCAUUGGACUACUUUUUAUGGAG